AAUUUUACACUUGUGUUAAUGAUAAUGUAUAAAUUAUAAAUUGUAUAAUGAUACAUUCAAUACAAGUUAGGUUUGCUCUAAUGGUGUAUGUAAGCCUCAGCUUACUAAUUAUUGUUAUAUUCCUAUAGUUAUUAUAUAGUUUUAUUUUUUGUAUAUACCUACAUCAUACUUCAUUAUUAUUAAUAUCAAUUUUAUUUUAUUUUGAUUUUUUCUGCUUUUGUUUUUGUUUUAUUACAAUUUCCGGCUCACAAAUAAAGAGGUAACUCUUUGAUACCUACUGAAUAUGGAUUCUCCAUUUAAAACUCCAUCAAAGUUGCCCGCAUCUCAAAUGUUACCAUCCAGUGGUUCAUCUUCACCAUUUACGCCAAAAAGAAGUAAAAUUAAGAAGAUAAGUGAAGGACAUGAUUCUGUUUCUCGGAUUUUGGCGUUUGAUGAAUCCAAUAACUGCUCACCUACUAGAAGGAAACUAGAUUUUUUAUCAUUUAGUCAGCAACCAUUACUAAUUAGUGAAAAUGAACAUAUUCAAACUAACCAGACAACACCUGUUAAAAUAGAACAAUCAAAUUUUGAAAAAAGUAAAAUUUUAUUAUCUCCAAGUAUUAAGGUUCAUCCUAAGCGAUUUAAUAUUUCUGAACAAGAUAAAAAUGUUAUCAAAUCAUCUCCAAAUAAAAGAUGUAGUUCAAAUAACUCUACACCAUCCAAAAAAUUAAAACUGUUAAAUGCAAGUGCAGGUUGUAAAAAAAUAACUUCUUUUUUCAAACCCAUAAAUGAUCUUGGUAAUAAUUUUUUGCCAGCUAACCACAAAUCCGAUGAGGAAAAUAUGAAUCCUACAGUGAAAAACUGUAUUAAAUCUGAGUUUGUUGCAAACAAUACAAACGGCUGUAAAAAUAUAAUAUAUUAUGAUAAAAUUCCACCAUCAAAAAUCACAAUUGAACAAGGUUUAAAUCAUAAAAAUGACAAACUAAAGGAAAGUGUUAUCGAGAGACAAGUUACCCCAAAUCAAAAUGAUAAUAUUAAUAACAUUGAAGUUCAAUCACCAAAAUUAAAUAGUGUUAGCUUAAGCCUUCCAAAUGGGCAAAAAUCAAGUCCAAAGAGAAAAGCUGUUAAAAGUCCACGUUCAAAUAAAACAAUAGUAAAAGAGUUAAAUAUUGUAGGACAAGUUACUCCAAGUAAAAAUGGAAGCAUAAAUAAUACUCCUUUGACGAGUCCAAGAAUUAUGGAAUACUUAGAUAAUAAAGUUGAUAUUUCUGGUGGCGAUACAUACAGCAGAUUCAUUAAGUUAAUUGUUUUCAAAGCUGAAAUCUUCUGUUUUGGCAAAGAAGAUAUAAUGAAAAAAAUUGAGGGUGCAACUAAUGAUGAACUUAAGAUUUAUGGAAGGUUGAUAUCUAGAAAACAUGGAUGGAUUCGUGCAAAUGGGCCUGAUGGACUUCAAAAGUAUAGAGAAUUAAAUCUAUGUCAUAAUUUUGAUAGUGUUUUAGAAUCAUUAGCAACCAAACAAUUAAUAAAUACAGAUGUUACUUCUUGUGAACUUGACUGCCUACUAAAUAUUCUAAAAUCCCAUGAACUUAAAGAAUUACAAAAGGUAUUCAAUAUUAAAUUAAGUUCCAGCAAUAGUCAGACUAAACCUGCAAUGAUAAAAUCAUUUAUUAAACAUGUAAAGAAUCAAAGAACAUUUUGUGGGAAUUCAGCCAGUAAUUUAAAAGAAAGAGUUAAAAAAAUAAUUGGCUAUUGUUUGAAACUAUCAGAUACGUCAAGAGAUGAUAUAAUGAGCUGCUUAAUAUAUGAAUCGUACCCUUAUUUUAUUGGAGAUGAAAAGGACAGAUUUCGUGAUUGUUUUAAUAAAUUUUAUAUGGUUGAAAAAAAUUUACUAAAAUUUCCUACAUUUGAAACAAAACGAGUUUCAGUUAAUUUCAGUUCAAAAGAUAGCUUUGAAAUGUACAAAAUUGCUUUGAGUCUUCGUCAUGAAGUUCAGUUACUUUUAGAGCAAAAAGAUCAUGAAAAUGCAAUUUUAGUAUUGUGUACUGUGUUUAAAAAAUUCAAAUCUGCUGUAUGUGAUAAAUGCAUUGUAGAAUCACUAUUAAAAAUACCUACCUAUAUGCGUAAAUACUCUGCAAUAUCUGUAUACGCCCAUACAUUGUUCAAAAAUAUAACAAUAUUAAAAAAAUGUAAUAGUAAUAAAGACUUGUGCAAAGAAGUGUUGGAAUUUUUAUUAAAACAUAAGGAAUUUUCAAUAUCUAAACAAGCCGAUUUACAUAUUGAAUUAGCCAAAGUUUUUGAAUCACAAUAUAAACAAUUAGAUGUUGCAGCAAAUAUAAUACUUAAUGGCCUCAAGGAUGACAAUAUGACUGAAUUGGGUCGUCAGAUGUUGUCCAAAAGAGCAGUGAUGUAUGCAAAUCGAAAAAUCAGGAAGUUGAAUAAUGAAUUAAAAAAUGAAUUAUUGAGUUUUGCUUCAAAGUCAGAAAAACAACCACCCAGUACAACAAUAAAUGGACAAAUAAUUUCAGUCAAAGAAAAAGGUUCAUCUGGUCGUAAGCAAGUAUAUUCAAAGAAGACUGAGAAUGGUGAUUUACUUUACAUGUCUGUUGAAGAAUUAGCCAUAUCACACUAUAAAAGUCAAGGAUUUAUGAAUGGAUUGCAUGACGAGGGUCAGCUUAUAAAGUCAAUGUUCUUACUAUGUUUUUGGGAAAUAAUAUAUGGUAGUUAUACACCACAUGUUCUCUUCAUCAGCCCAUAUCAAGAGUGCCCGUUGGAUUGGAGAACUCGUCAUUUCUAUAAAAUUAGAGAACAACAAAUUAAAGACCGAAUGGCAGAAUUGAAACAAAUGAAUGUUGAUCAAAUAUGUGAUAUGUUGAAAAAGUCUUGUGAUGAAUACUAUGAUACUCAAUCUGUAGUAAAUUGGAAAUAUAUGAAUGUUGAUAACUUACCUUUGUGCCGGACAUUGUUAGAGUGUGUUGGAAUAGAAGUGUUCCUUGCAAUUGGAGAUCAAAUAUUGAAAGAUGGCAGAAUUUAUUUGCAUGGUAUGCCAGACCUUGUUGUUUGGGAUGUUUUUAGGCAUAAGUGCAUAUUUGUUGAAGUAAAAGGGCCCAAUGAUAAAUUAUCAGAAAGACAAUAUUCUUGGUUACUUAAACUUAUGGAAUUUGGUGCUAAUGUUGAAGUCUGUCAUGUUGUUGGUAAUGGAGGCAAAAAUAAUAACUGCCAAUCCAGUAGUCAAACCUGCGAAAAUAUAAGCUGAUAUUGAGGAUAUUCUACUAUUAAUUUGUUUUGUCUAAACAUUGGAUACAUUUAUAUUUUAUUUUAUAUUUUAAGUUAACCAGAUUAUGUUAUACAUUGUGUUGAAUAGAUUAUAAUAUGUAUUUUAUA